GUCUUUGUUGUUGGUUGUCUUUGGCGAUAAAUGCGCACCACAUAUCAAGCAUCUAGCUAGCUCGAGGAUCGUUCUUGCACGCUAUAUAGUUUUUCCUCUAUCUCUACCUCUUCACGCCCUAGGAUUUUCACGGGAGGAGAAAUGUUACAGGAACAACGAUAUGGGCCAGCUGGAUUGAAUGAUGGAUGGAUGCGUUUUCCUUAUUGGUUAGAGCGGAGGGGGGAUAAUUGUCUAAUUUCUUGUUGUCACCUGCUUGCUUAUCUAGUCGUCGUUGAUCGUCGUCAUCAUCAUCAUCAACAGCAUCAGCAUCAUGGUCCACAUUGUAUUGGUCUCAGAACACUUGGUGGUGGUGGUGGAGGAGGAGGAGGAGGAGGAGAAGGGGGAGGGGCUGCUAGAUACUGCUCGCUCGCUUGCUUGCUUGCCUGCUUGCUUUGCUUGCGUUCUUGCGUGCGUGCGUGCAUACUUGCUUCUUCUUCUUCUUCUGCUGAGCAUUCGUCUUUACCUUCUUCCGUCCUUGCCCGCUUGUCGCUUCGCGUCACCUUGCCUCGCGUCGUCUGUCGUCUCCUUUUUCUUCUUCUCCUGGUUGCUUGCGGCCUGCUCACUCGGUCGGCUUCUAGACGGCUAGCAUACUCUGGCGCGCUCGGCUGUACUGCUCCUUUCUGCUUGGCUUGGCUGGGGAUAUUCGUGUCGGGGGCGUGCGUAUGUGUGCGUGUACGGCGCUGUACUUUUGGAGGCUGUUGGUGCCUGCGGUGGAGGCGGGGAAUGAUGCUGGCUUGGGUUGGGUGAUGGGGGUUGCGCUUCGUGUGUUUGGUAGAUGCGGGGUACGGGUUGGAGUUGGAGUUGGGAGUUGGUGGAGUGGCUUCCUUUGGUUUUUGGUUUUUGGUGGAGAGGGAUUGGGGAAGUGAGCGUUGGUUGCUGUUGUUGUUGCUGUUGUUGUUUCAGCUUUCUUGUUCUCGGUUGCUAGGUUAGGUAGGUAGGUAUGCCAUGUUUUGUGUGUCGUCAUCUC